UACCUUUACCUACAACAGCCUCGAAGUCUCCGACACUGCCAUCGAUCGUACCAUCGAUAUCGAGACCCAGGUGCUCUUUUGCUGAUGCAAGGAUAGCUUUACCAAUGGGAUGCUCGCUACCCAUUUCUGCGAGACCAAGAAUGGCCCACCACAGCUUCUUGCGCCAUUCGCUAUUCUCCCAUGUUGGGACGAGCUUCGCGGUUGCCACAGUCAUUUUACCCAGAGUCAAAGUGCCGGUCUUGUCAAGUACAACCUGAGUUAUCUUCGUCGUAGUUUCCAAAGCAGCGCCACCUUUGACCAAUAUUCCGUUCUCAGCACCAACCCCAGUUCCGACCAUUACAGCCGUUGGUGUUGCAAGACCGAGAGCACAAGGACAUGCAAAGACAAUGACAGAUAUGCAAAGCUUCACACAAACCAUGAAUUUUCCACCACUGGCCUCAUCGAUGAAGAUCUUUGGCGGGUUGGCAAGAACAUGACUGAGGACCAUCCAUGUUGCAAAUGUAAGAAAUCCAAGACAUAAAAUGAUUGGUACGAAAUAGCCAGCAAUUGUGUCCGCUAGGCGUUGGAUUGGAGCUCUAGUAGUUUGGGCAUCUUGAACUAGCUUGACGAUUUGGCUGAGUUGUGUGUCUCUGCCGGCCCUGGUGACGCGGAAAUCCACACGACCAGUGCCGUUGACAGUGCCUCCUAUGAGAAGAGCACCCUUUCGCUUCUGGACGGGCAUGGCUUCUCCAGUAACCAUACUCUCGUCAACAUAAGUCUCUCCUCUGGUAACGGUGCCAUCAGCUGGAAUCUUGUCACCAGGUCUCAGAAUCACGAUAUCACCAACUUCAAUGAGCUCAGUUGGGAUGACCUUCUCCUCUGCGGCGUUUCCUUCUUGCGUGGAGUCGUUCUUUGGUUCACUCCCAGCUCCAAUGGCAACAUCCCAUCCUUCAGCGGCCUUGUCUGCCGCGAUUGGGUCGGCAUAGAUUGUCGCCAUUGAAGGAGCAAGUGACAUGAGUCGUGACAGGGCCUUGGAUGUCUGUCCCUUGGCUCUGUUCUCAAGGAAACGUCCUAGGGUGAUGAAUGUGAUGAGCAUACUGCUCGUGUCGAAGAUCGUACUUGGUCGAGUAUGAGGAGGCAAAAAAAUAGAGACAAGCAUCGCGGCAAUGCUAAAGAAAAAUGCUGCUGAUGUACCAAGGACGACCAAAACAUCCAUGGUUGGUGAGCCAUGCUUCAUGGAUUUAUAUGCAGAGAUGUAGAAACGCUUGCCAAUGCCGAAUUGGACGGGUAUCGUAAGGAUUAAACAAAUGAUAUCUCCCAAAUAGAGACCGGGAAUAAUAGAGAGACUUCCGAAGUCGAGAGCUGGGAUCAUCAUAGGAAUGACCAUGCUGAUGAGAAAUACUGGAAUUGCAAAAGCUAAAGACGUUUUGAAAGCCCUCCGCCAUUCCGUGAUCUCCUUGGUUUUUGAAAGAGAUUCGAGCUGGGCAUUGUUGUCAUCAUUGUCUGCUACAAGGGCAUUGUACCCUUGGGCUUCGAUAAGUUCGACCAGAGCACGAAGCCCAGCAAUGUUCGGUUGAUGUGAGACAUUGAGCCGGGAUGUCGCAAGACUGACGGUUGCUGAGUUGACUCCUGGCAUGGACUGUAAUUUCGCCUCAAGAGCAGUCGCUGCAGCGGCAUCUCUGACUCCAAAAACUUUAAAUUGUGCCACAGCGGCCGAGGAAGGCUGCGAGGCACUGCCUAGUCGUGUCGAAAUAAUCUUUGCAUCAAAUCCCCUGUCUUCGAUUACUUCUGCAAUCUUCUCAGGUGACAGUUUCGCCGGAUCGUGUAUGGCCACGGCUCUUUCAGCAAGAAGACUGACGUUGAACUGAACCAAGCCUUCCAAGUCUUUGAAACCGCCCUCGAUAGCAGAAGUACAUGCUCCACAAGUCAUCCCUUCAAUCGCAACAGUGGUGGUCGCAAUCUUUUCCCUAAUCCCUGAACUACCGCGGCGUGUCUUCGAGCUCUUUGUCGGUUCCGAUCUAUUGCUCUCAACGAUUGUCGCUCCGAAUCCUCGGUCCUCGAUUAUUUCCGCUAUCUGCUCCGCACUUAACAGAGACUCGUCAUGCUCGACUACCGCCCGUUCCGAGAGUAGCGAUAUACUGAAAUGUUUCACUCCCGUAACGCUCUUGAAACCUCCCUCGAUAGCAGAAGUACACGCCCCGCAUGUCAUACCCUCCACAGCCAAAGUCGUUGUUGUCGUUGUCGGCUCAUCCUCUUCCUCCCCGUCCAUAUUCUCAUCAUACAGGUAUCCUUUCUUGCUGAACAUCGGCGAAGGUAGGUCUGUAGCCAGGACUUCCGCAUCGAAGCCCCGGUCUUCAAUUAUCUCUCGUAUUUGCUCGGCGGUUAUCCGCUGGGGAUCGUGAACGAUGACCGCUCUUUCCAUCACCAAGCUCACAGACACGUUCCCAACGCCCUCGACGCUCUUAAAACCCCCUUCUACCGCAGACGUACAUGCACCACAUGUCAUACCGCCAACCUUCAACGUUGUCGUUGCCAUGUGUGCAGGAGUACUUAUCGACGGUCGCGGCGCAUUGUCUCCCGGCUCAAACUUCAAAUGGGACGGCGCCAUCGUGUAUAGAUUCGCUGCUGCUUCAGCAGCUACGCCUCGAGAGCGGCAGUGGGGAUUUGAAGGUUUUCGAGAAUAUUACCCGUUGGCUGAUUGUGAUAGAGUUAUAUAUUACGCCUUACUAUAUGGGGCAGUCAGCAAGACAUUGGCGAUACGAUAGGAGGGGCAGUGGCAAAUGCUGACCCGGGUGAAACCGAGAACGUGAUCAUUUAGAAGAACUCACAUUAAUAAGAGUGAGCAGAAGUCCAGCUCCUGGGGAAAAGGUGUAACUUCAAUAGACCUUCGGCGUUCUGCCGCUGUCUUUUGUCACUGAUCUGUCUCCGGUAAACAGCAAGUGCGAUGGUUGAGCGUGGUCGAAUCAGGUUAAGCUCGGAUCUGGGGAACUCCGAAUUGUGGGAGGGAUGCCGCGACCGAAGAAAUCUACCACUUCUGCAGUAUUACUUGAAGAAUCGAGCAGUGACCGUUAUCGAGGGCAGCCUCGAGGUAGUGUAGGGGAUAGAAAUACGGCGAUGAGAAACAAAAGGAAGAAACAGUGCUCGAGGUUGGUGGCGCCUUAGAGAAGUCCGGGCGUCCAAUAGGUUAUGUACAGGACAGUACAGCGGAAGAUCCGACACAUAUCACGCAGGAAAAGUACAAGUCGAGGAGACCUUCCAGACACCCCUGGUAAAGAAGGACGGAGCAAAUGCCUCGAAGAGUUGAAGCAUGAACCUAACCACGAAUAGAGUCAAUGCGGCUCGCUCGCUCAAGGAGACAAUUCUGGGACUCUGUUUCUUUUCUUAGCCGGGAGCGGGUCUCCAAGCUGGAGCGUCGUCGGCCAGUGACGAGGCCCCUUGAUGAGUUGACAGUCGAUCUGAUGCAUGCACAAUAGAAAGACUCUCUAGCAAUCUCCGACUAUCAGCUGUGCUGAGUAGUCUAGAGGCGACUGGAUAAUCAUUUUUCUUUUCCUGAUGUAUUGUUCACACCGGCCUGAUAUCACGUCUCUUCCAGACAUGCCGCGAUCCAGGAGCCAGGCCAGACCAGCAAUAGCGCGGCGCUAGUACAUCCCUAGCCGAACGCUAACGGCGGCAUGGAACCAACCUGAUACGUGCCUGACCUUCAACAUGCCUCUUUUGAAGAGCAAGCUCGUUUGACUGUGUUUCGUCACAAACAAACAGAUACAUUCUGACCAACAGUAUCUCUUCAAGUUGCGCCUCUGAAGUGAGAUCACGCCCGGCAAAACCUGCUACGGUACAUCGGCAAGCUUGACAAGAGUACCAAGCUUUCUGAAGAUCUGCCUCAGCAGCCUCCAAACAUCGAGCUUCAGAACAGGCAACGAAUCACGACAACGGCAUUGAAGAUGGAGCAAAUGAAGUCUAUGAAUGCUCUCGCACCCUUCCUGGCCCUCACCAAAACUGCCAACUCUCCUCGCGCAGCAGCAAACCUAGUCGAAGGCGCCACCAGCGCACCGAACACCUUCAUUUUCGCCGAGCUCCUCCAAGCACCCAAUAUUCAAGCCCUUGCAAACUCACCUGAAUUCUCUGGCCAUCUCUCCCUCCUCAAGACCUUCAGCUAUGGCACCUACACCGACUACAUUAGUGCAGCGGACCUACCCCAACUCAACCCUGCACAAACGCUCAAGCUGCGACAGCUCUCCUUCCUCACUCUAGCUAAGAACCAGGCCGAUCUCUCGUACAAGAAGCUAUUGGAGAAUCUGGGACUGGAGACGCCGAGAGAGUUGGAGGAUCUGGUUAUUUCUGCUAUUUAUGCCGGCUUGGUAUCGGCGACUCUAGAUCCUUAUCAUCAGGUCGUGGCCGUGUCGUCUGUCUCCCCACUGCGAGAUCUACAACCAAACUCCAUCCCGGCUAUGCUCAGUACAUUGAAUGAGUGGUCUACACGCUGUGUAUCCACGCUUGCGGAUCUAGAGAAGCAGAUCGCAGGGAUCAAGGCAGAGGCGCUGAAGAGGCAUCGGGAGGAAGCCGAGUGGAAUGCCCAAGUGGAGAAGUUGAUGGAGGUGAAGGGUGAAAACGAGAACGAGAAGGGUGAGAAGAAGGGUGGUGUAUUUCACGGUGUGGGAAAGAAGCUGGGAUUUGGUGCGGCGGCGAAGCGGGGUAGUGGGGGACUGGGAGGAGAUGAUGCAGAUGAUAUGGAUAUCGACGAUGACGACGAUGACGGUAAUAAGCAUACGAGAUCUUCGAAGAAACGAGGAUUCGGUCUGGGCAUGGGCAAGUAGUCCAUCGGUGUGGUUACGAAAACGAAGUUAUGACACAAGAAGAUAGCGUCGUGCAGGAUGCUGAGCAUUAAGCAUAAAUAUAGAGUGAAUUUGUCUUUCCAGAUACUAGAGCGAUGAACCGAUG